AUGGCCGAUAUGACUGGAGGAAUGGCCGCACUAGUUGCAGGCAUCGCAGAAUCCAACCUUAAUGCAUCCGCCCUGGCUCAAGGAGCCCUUAACUCCAUCGUUGUUGUAGAAUCGGAUGUCGCGAAACUCCGCAAGGAAAUCGCAGAUGCCGACGUCCGAGAUACUACCCAACUCAACCUUCACAAGGGUGCGAUUGCUAAGCUGAUUUUGACGUCUAAGUCCCUGGAUGAAAAAAUGCUAGAAAUCAAAAAGGGCCUUGAAGCCAGUAACACUAGAUUGGAAACCGUCGAAUCACAGCUUAAGGCUCUGGCUCAUAAGCAGUCGACCCCUAUCUUUCACACUGGCGCACUGGACGGAAAAGCCAUCAAACCCCAGAUGAUCAUGUCGUCGCACCUGCACCCCAGUGCACAGGAUGAUUACUUUGACCGAUUCAUCAGCAACCCCGAGAACCGCGACAUGCUCAUCAAAUCCCUCUUCAGCAACAUCAACCUCACUCUAGAACCUUCGGCGACACCAACGGCCGAUACGACAGCUUCGAAGACAAACUCGGCACCAGCCCAGGUCCCAGCUAAUCAAGGAGGGCCAUCGGCUCCGGCGGUAAUGGCCCCGACCCCUACCACCAAGCUGCGACUGAAGGUGAAAGCAACAACACCAGCAAAGCGACGAGCCACGAGCCCAGCGUCUGAACCGCAGUCGCCUCCCAAGAGACGCGUGGUACCACCACUGAUCAGACGCGAAAGGGACCUCUGGGCUGGUAGGCGACCUUAA